AUGGCGCCUAAAAAGACACUGAAACAGAUCUUGGACUCUGAAUAUAUCGAGGAUAGUGACGAUGACACCAACAAGGCUUUGAAUGGUGGAAAUGACAUCCUGGAAGAUGAUGAACUUGUCGAGGAUGAAGCCACUAAUAAAGAUUACUGUGUUGACUGUAAAGACAUGAAAACCGAAAUUUUGUGUAGGGAUUGUGAAGAACAGUUUUGUGUUGUUUGCUUUGAGAUGAUACACCGUACUGGACGCCGAAAGAAGCACGAGAUUGUGAAAAUCACAGCCGAAGAACACCCUCUUCCGGCCGCUGAAGAAGAGCAAAAGAGACUGCAGGAGGCUAACAAUAAUGGUGCCAAUCUUCAACCGGACAACGAAGCACCACAAUUGGCGUCAGAAUCUGUAAACUCUCUUGAUCAGAAGAUGUUGUCCAUGUUGGCGAGGCAUUCCAAAUUCAUUCCUAUGCGAUUGACACCUGAGGAAAGACAUUUAUUGCGGCUUCUAGAAGCCGCUCUCCAGGUCUCUGAGUAUACUGACCGGGUGGAUAUCAUUUCGUAUAAAUCCAAGGCCAAACGGAUUGUGGAGCAACUCAAAGAAAUGUGUUCCGUGCUGUGCGGUCUGGUCGUUGCUUCGAACUUAAAGAUAGGUAAAAAACUACUGGAAAUGAAAAACUUCAACGACUUCUCCUCUUGGUUUCAAGAUGUCUUUGAGAUUGGCAGGCGCUACAAAAUCAUGAAUCCGGAGAAAAUGAGGGACACAUACGGAAAAUUGUGUUAUAUGAUCAUGGAUUCCCGACUACCACAAAUCGAAGACCACAUGGAAUUCCAUCUUUUCAAGCCUAUCAAAACGGUUCACGAUUAUCUCAGUUCGAAACCGGACGAUGAAGGACACGCCUUGAAGAUUUUCGAAGACAAGCUUAUAUUGUAUGCCACUUCCCAGGUUUCGCCCGUCGGGAAGUCUAGACCAGAGAUCAACAGGCUCAUCAAGCAAAAAGAGAACGCUAUAGAGAAACUGGUAACAAAGUAUAGCAGCAAGUGUUACAGCAAGGAGGAUCUUCGUCAGGUUCUUUAUUCGAUUGGAGACUACAACGCCUACGUUAACAUGAAUCGUAGACCAGUGAUGAGAAUGCUUGAAAGGCUCGAAGCCUUCAAAGAUCCCACGGUUGCCUCUCAAUACUCGAUAGGCAUUCAGUAUGGCAGAAACGGUUCGCGUUUGACACACGAUCACGAUCGCCAGAUGCAAUACGUACAGCAAUCGCUGACUCUAUGGUCGUCCAUACAACGAGAGAUGAUACAUCUCUGGUACAUUGCAGAUCAAGAUCUUUACAGUCCCCAUGAGUAUAGAUUGGCCUCUACUGGCCAGGGUCUGAACCGCAUAAAGUCGUGCCCUGCCCUAUAUCGAGAAAUGCAAAACAUUCUUCGAGAGUGUCGUUCCAAAUGCACCAACUGGGUUGGAUCUUCUGUGGUACAUCUUGGAGAUGACGCCGUUCCCAACGCAUUGUUCUUCCUCGACAAAUAUACCCAGGUUCCUAACAUCUUAAUCCCGUUCGAUCAAGCUCUGAUGAAAAUUAACGAUUUGGUCCAAGGCGACGCAGCCAUUCAAGAGUACAUCGAUCAAGAAUAUGGUUCUGUUGAAGAUCUCAAGCUUGUCAUUCUACAGGACGCUUUUGCUCAUAUGUUCGAUGGCUCGGGCGCAGACAAUUUUUACAUGAGCGGUUCAUGUAUUGACGGCAGACUGACUUCAGCAUGGAAUCAUACAAACUCAAUCGCGAAAAAGAAGUACUACAAGAUCUUUUUGAUGACAGGAUUCAUCGGAUUCAAUGGUCAAGAAGGAUUCUAG